AUGUGCAUCUGUUGUCUUUGUUCCAUAUCAGAUUUCUGCCUUUAUAUGCUCUCGAUUGUCUUCCCCCCGCUAGGGGUUAUAUUUAGAUCAGGCUUCUGUUCCUCCGACUUACUAUUGAACUGUUUACUGACAUUGAUGGGCUACCUACCUGGGUUAAUACAUGCAUGGUACUUUAUUACAGUUACAUCUCCAAUAAGACAAGGUACAGAGUACAUAUACGUGUUUCAAAGGGGAGUGGAAGAUGGAAAUAGAGAUUUAGAGAAUUCUCCUCUCAUUGAUGGCAGUACCGAUGAGCAAAGACUACAGAAUUUUCAACGGAGGGACAGUAAAAUAAUACAUAGUGUUCCUCCUCCUCCAUAUAGUGAAUUGCCAAUGUGA